AUGGGUUUGUUCAGCUUGCUCGAUGUGCUCUUCCCUUCUCCAACUAUAACUCACGAUCUUACGUCCGACCUGACGACUACUUACCCCCCUCGUAAACCUGUUCUCCGACGAGCCAAGCAUGUGGUCCAUGUACCCAUCGAGAUUGUCAUGAACAUCCUGGAAGUCGCGUACGACGAGGAUGACCUUCAAGCUAACCUAGGACUCUUCGCGAACUGUUCGCAGGUCUGCAGAGAUUGGUCCUUCCUGUCCCAGAAGCUGCUCUUCCGCCAGGUCACUCUUCAUUCCCAGACUGCCUACAUAUCUUUCCAGCAAGCAGUUGAACGUUCUACCGCCCGAGGUCGUAUGCUCGGCGAUACUGUUGUUCGCAUGCACGUCGUCUUGGACCACAACCAGCCGUACCGCAUCUCAGAGCGGUCGUUUGCUUGGGCUGUCACGCUUUGUCCAAACCUGCGCGAGCUGGAUCUCGCUCUGUACGGCCAAGGUUCAGGCGUACAAGACGUCGUUUGUUCUGCAGAUGUCCCUCGUAUGCAGCGCCCUGCCCCCGCCUUUGACGACCACACGGUCGCAAUCCUCCGUUCUGGCCCGCGCAUCUCUUCGCUGCAGUUCAGCAAUUGGUCCGACAAUUCCUCAUCCCUGCCCCAACUGCUCGACAUCUGGCCGUCGCUGAAGUCCCUCUCCAUCAGCGGGACACCGCCCAAGCUUCCGAGCGGGUCCGCUGCAUCCUUCUCGUGCACCCUCGAGGAGCUCCGCAUGAAUUUCCAGACAUCGCCUUCCGCCGACUUCAUGAAAUGGCUCCUCCAUAACUCAGAAUCGACACUGCGCUCACUUCGUUUCGAUCGCAUGCCCUCGCCUGACCUAUUCGAGUACCUUGUUUCUGAACACGGUCCCACAUUGCAGUCGCUCUCCCUUCCUGCAUGUGCUGCACAGGAGAGCGUCAGCUUGCAGCAGUGCCAGGCACUGCGCGAGCUCAGGAUUGAAAGUGCGUGGUCGCCGUCGGCGGUGCACCGAUCCCUGCCGUGCACGCUGGAACACAUUGCCAUUGGGGUGGAUAUGGACACGUCUCUGCAGCCAGUUUUGCAGAACAUCAAGCGCAGCGGGGUGAUGAAGAGUGUGACCGUGCACAUCUGGCAUGGUGGAGAGCGCCACCCUCUUCUUCCGUCCUUACGGAUCGCGUGUGCUCUGCGGGGUGUCGAGCUGAAAAUCACGCGUGACAUCCGAACUUUCCGCGCCAUGACUGCGUGUGAGUAUCUUUGA